CAUAGCUCGCAUUCGGUGGGUAUCAAGGUUGGGGAUGUUGCGUACGAAGUACACGACAAUUUUUCAAAGAGAAAUACCAUCGAGUUCAGGAGGCGGUGGCGCAGAUGACCGACAUCGGAGUCCAAGUAGAACAAGGAUGAAGAAGCAGUUGUUUUUUGGAGUGUUUCACAAGGAACAAGACCGCGACGCGCUCAACACAAGGGAAGCGAAGGUAAUCACGAGUAUGCUUCUGCUAGUUUUUAGAUCAUGCACGAUGAAACUAGAGCUUGAUUUUGAAUUUGAGGUAACCAACUACUGAGAAGUUGUAGAAUUAACAGCCUCUUCAACUUUCUCAACAUUUCCUCUUUUGCUUUCUCUUUCGUUUUCGUGCAUUACUAUCACUAUGAAUCAACUUCAACAACAUCCUCGUCUUCAGGCCCUUUGCAACCUGAUGAAUAUUUCUGCCGUUGUCACCGAUCCGAAGAAGCCGGACUAUGUUUGUCUGAGAUACGUAGAGGAAAAGCACGGACCGGCGACUGAUUUGUAUUUCCAGAUUGUGGAGCAGCCUUUAUUCAUCGAGUCGAUGCACCUCCUCAUCGAGCUGCUGCGAGCAAUGAGGAAAAGAAGGAAAAAGGGUGGGAAGCUAGCACAUAGUCCGUGACGACUUCUUGAAUAUAAAUAUCUACCCCCCCUCAUUAGAAUUAGAAAUAGCAUAGCCACAGCAUUGAAUUCUCUUAGA